UGUAGCAGAGGUAAGAAGAGGAGAGGGGAAGAGAAGCCAUGGGUCAUCAUUCUUGCUGCAACCAACAGAAGGUUAAGAGGGGCCUCUGGUCUCCUGAGGAAGAUGAAAAGCUUGUUAGAUAUAUAACUACCCAUGGCUAUGGUUGUUGGAGUGAAGUCCCUGAGAAAGCAGGGCUUCAACGAUGUGGAAAAAGUUGUCGCUUGAGAUGGAUCAACUAUUUGAGGCCAGACAUAAGGAGAGGCAGGUUCACCACAGAGGAGGAGAAGCUGAUUAUUAGCCUGCAUGGUGUAGUAGGGAACAGGUGGGCUCACAUUGCAAGUCACUUGCCUGGGAGAACAGACAAUGAGAUAAAGAACUACUGGAAUUCAUGGAUUAAGAAGAAAAUAAGGAAGCCACCAUCAACUCCAGCAGUAGCCAUGGCAACACUCGCGACGAACGCAGAGCUGAUGACAAAACCAGGCUAUAGCUCUAAUCAAAUUGAUUUAGUGAAUCAAGAAUUUAUGACAAAGGCACCAAUUCAAGAAACCCUAUUUUCUUCUCAAUGCCCACUUCUCAUGUUUGACAGUAAUUUGGUAGAUGGACUCACUAGUAUCAGUAGUAAUAAUACAGCAAGACAGGAACUAUUCCAUGAAGAUGUAAACCAACAUGAAACCCAACAAGCACUUGCACCUCUUCCUCCUUAUCUUCCUCAGCAUCCAAUUCACCCUCUAUCAACAUUUACAGCUCCUAACAUGAACUCAAGUUAUUUUCCAGCAUUUGAAAAUGUGGAAGCCUUGGUGCCUAUUGAGGUGCAAGCUUGUGGUAUGGAGGAGGAUGGGGAGAUGGACUUGGAUUGCUUACAAAGGCAGGAGUUGAGUGAAUGGAUUGAGUCCCACCCUUGCCCAAGCUUUCUAAUUUGGGAUCAACCCAUUGAGUCACAGAUGUGUGGGGAAGGAAUUGCACCUGCUUCAAAUGCUGCAGCUAUGCAAUCUUCUUAUUCCUCUUCAUUUUAAGGUUAUGAGGUGUUUUAUUUAUCCUCUCUCUCUCUCUCUCUCUCUCGCUUAUUUUUUUCAUACUGGACCAUAAAUGAGUGGUGAUUAUCUAUACAGGGUUUGUUUACUAUAUUUGUGUGGUUGGAAGGGACAAAAUAUGAAGAAUGUAAUGAAAGCAAGCAUGAAAUGUUUGAUUGACUUUGGAAACAGAAGGGUGAGGAAAUAAAAGGGUCAAGCAGGCCAGACCGGGAUUUCAAGUUUGACAUUACUGAUCUGUAUUUUUAUUUUAUUUUUUGUGUAAGAACAUUACUGAUCUUGAUGAUAUAACCUUUGUCUUUCCUUUU